UUUUCAUCCUUCAACGAGUGGCUCGAGUAGUACUAGUCUUGGUGGUCAAUCUCAAAGUGAUGAAGAGAAAAAAAUGUGGGAUGAACUGUCCAAAAGGCUCAUGAAGAGUGUGCAAAUAUCAGCACCUGUUCGAGUUCCUCCUACUAGGACCCAUCCACCAGAAAGUAUAAGUGUCUCCGAAGAUAACGACCGAAUUCAAUGGGAGAGACUUAGAAGCAAUAAUCCCAACAUAAAAAUGGUUAUAGCUAGAUCCAGCAUUGGUUUAAACUUGGAUAAAGAAUUUUAUUAUAAUUAUCGGUCAAUGAUUAGUGUUAAGUUUCUACAGAUUGGUGUUUAUCAUCACUUCCUUGGAGGGCAAAAUUCGCCCACCCCGAAUGAACAACUUGAAUUUUUGAAAGAUAUACUUGCAAAUGUUGAAUUUAACAAGAAAAGGCAUUUGAUUGGGAUUGCUGUGCAAACAGAGUAUAAUGCCGAUGCCGAUCCACUCACUUUUACAGCAAAACUGUCCAUCUUCGUAAAUCUUCUGCUCAAAAAUGACUUUAUGCGUCCUCUCAUUUAUUGCAAUAACAACUCUUGGGAGAAAUUAAUUGAUCCAACUGUGGCGGAUGAAUUAUUCAGCAGAUUACCUCUUUGGAUUGCUCGUUACACCGACGACCCUUUUCCCCAGUAUCCAGAAACUUGGAAAUCUAGAGGGAUAAAAUGGUGGUUGUGGCAAUACAGUGAACUUGGAGUUGUGGAUGGAAUAAUUAAUCACGUUCACUAUAAUAGACGGAAUAAAUUUUAUUUUAUUCAAGACGAUAUGUUUCGUAGUGCUGUUUGA